AUGGGCGUGCAGCACCUCGCGCUCGCGCCCGCGCCCUCUGAAGCCGGUCACGAGAUAUGGCGUGCAGCAGCAAGCACCCUCGAGCACGAAUGUAGACUUACUUGGACAUGUCAAGAAUCCCCAAACACCGCGUCUCCGCUCGAGCAACACCCCAGCGACGAAUUGACCAUCCACCCCGCACCUGCGCACUCCUCCCUCCGCACCCUCACCAUGCCCAACACCACAGCCCCAGCCCCAGCCCCAGCCACAGCCACAGCACCAGCCACAGCCACAGCCACAGACCCAGCCACAGACCCAUUCCUCACGCUCCCCAUCCUCCCCCUCUCGCGCGCGCUGCACCCAGCCACAAAGCCGCAGUUCUUAGCCGACCUGCGCGCCGCCCUGCUCAACGUCGGGUUUCUGUACCUCUGCGAGACAGGGCUGCCGGAGGCGCUGGUGCGGGAUGUCGUGGCCGAGUGUCGAGGCUUCUUUGAGGAGCUGCCGAGGCGGGAGAAGGAAGCGAUUGAGAUGAAGAACGAGAAGAGUUUUCUCGGUUGGAGUCGUCUCGACAACGAAACCACGGCAUUCAACACGGAUCACCGCGAGCAGCUGGAUCUCUCGACACCACAUGCGGUCCCAGGGCCUGAGGCGCCCCUGUACCACAACCUUCUCGCACCGAACCAAUGGCCGUCGCCAGAGUAUCUACCUGGGUUUCGUCCAGCGUUCGAAGAGUACAUGCAACGCAUGGCUGGCAUCUCGACUCUCUUCACCUCGUUGAUCGCCGAAGCGAUUGGCCUGCCCGCCGAUGCGUUCACUCGGUUCUUCGACGAGCAGCAGCAGCACAAGCUGAAGAUUGUCAAGUACCCUGAAGUCGACGUGCCGGAUCUGGCAGCGGGUGCGAGCGAAAUGGACAAGAAGAAGUGGGAGAUCAAGCGACAGGGUGUCGGCCCACACAAGGACAGCAUGCUCACCAGCUACUUGCUCCAAGCAAGCAACCAGCCAGGUCUGCAGGCGCAGAACGCCAAAGGACAGUGGAUUGACUGCAAGCCCAUGGACGGCACGCUUGUCGUUGCGAUUGGCCAGGGCAUGGAGGCUCUUACAAACGGUGUCUGCGCGUCGACGACGCAUCGCGUGCUCAGUCCGCGGAAGGGUGAGGGCGCGCGAUACUCCGUCCCGUUCUUCCAGGGGGUAAGCUACGACGCAGAGUUUGAAGCCAUGGAUGUCCCUGCGUCUGUGUUGAGGUUGCGCGACGAGGCACGCAAGGCCAGAAAGGACGAUGUCGAGUUCACCUUUGUCAAAGGACAAUGGGCGCAUCUAGGAGAGGCCACGCUCAUGAACAGGGUGAAGAGCCAUCCGGAUGUGGGCGAGCGGUGGUAUCCAGAGUUGCUGCAGCAGAUCCGCACACGACAAGCUGCAGCAGCAGCAGAGGCGGCGGCGGCGGCGGCGGCAGCGUAG